AUGGAAAACGAUUGGAAAACGAAGUUAAUUAAGCUUCUGAAAGAGAAUAGCGACUCUUCGGGGCUCCUUCAUCCUGAAUAUAUGCAAUUAGCUACUUUACCAUCUGAAGGAGACAAGUAUCCUCGUAAUCGUACUGUAGCAAUUCGUGGAUUCUUGAAUUCUGGAUGGGAAAUUGAUAAGAAUGAUUUAGACACAGAUUUACUUGUGUUUUCGACUGACGUGGAAUCGCAAAAAGCAAAGGAUAUUUCCCUUCGUCAAGCAAAGUCAACACCGACGGGUCCCAUGCACAAUACCUUUGAACUUUGUAGUUGGCUUCCUAAAACAAUGCAACAGGUUCGCCUAUGGGGUCAAAUUUGGUUUUAUACUCCUGAUCUCGCGGAGAAGAAUGAGUUUCCCAGAGAGGAUCUCUUAACCUCACAUUUAAGCCGACAUAAAAAACGUAUACCUCAGGAAUGGUCUUGGGAAGAAGAGCGUCGUCGCAUUUGGGAGCACCACAGCCCUACCAUGCGCUCUUCAUUUGCAAAUCCUGUCACAUAUAGCAAUUAUCAAGGGGAGGUCCCCGUGGUACCGCUUCCUGUUACUUUAACUGGUAAAGAAGAUGCAAUGGUUGCAAACCGUUGGGAAACUGCCUGGAAACGCUUUGGCCUGGUUAUAUGUGACGUCCAAGGUGUUGAAUUUCUCGACUUAAACCCUCCUCCCGGAAAGCGCGUAAUUUAUGAGAAAAGUUUGGAAUCAGGGGAAUGGUCUCAAGAGCGCGUAAGUGCUUAA